GAUGGGUACAGUAGUAGGGUCACACUUUGGAUUUUGCACAGCACAGGGCCCUGCCCCUGAGAGUGAGGUACAGCUCUGCCCUUGCUUCACUGUCUCACGUUGAUGUCGGUGGUCUUUUUCCCACAUUGUUAUUAUUAUUACUUAUACUUGCCAUUCACAUUCUAUAUCAUAAAUUUUGAUUCCUCCAUUCAUAUCCUUCCAUGCAUUUAUUAUGUGUGUCCUCAAACAAGUCUCUUCCUUUUCUGUUUCUUCGGUCUCCCCUUUUCUGUUUCUUCGGUCUCCAUUCUAUAUCAUUAAUGCUAGUUUGAAUCACAAUUUAUCACCAAGUGUAAAACUUGCUUAUUUAUUAUUGCCAUUAUUGUAGUUGAGCUUUACCAAUUCCACAGGCUUGGGGGGGAAAAAUUGGAUUUUUUCUCCAAAUUAAUAUACUUGUUCUCCAAUCACAUUGUUUUUCUCUUCUUUCCCUCCAACUCCACUCUCUUCAACUCUUUCUUUUCUUAGUUUUCAAGUUAAAGAUUUUUUGGGAAAGCGCCACUUUUAGUUGCCAUUAUCUUUUUUUAAACAAGCAAGAGUUGCGGAGGCAUGAAGCUGCUGUGGGUGUUUGGGUUUAUGGGGUUGGUGAUUGUGAAAUGUGUACAAUGCUUCGAGAAUGCUAAUGUGACAGACAUGCAAUAUGUUUGGGGAAGAGGUUUCUACAAUAACAAACCUUUGAUGGUUGGUCUUACUCUUAUUAAUGGUGCUGCUGCCAAAGGAGCUGUCUGCCUGGAUGGAUCUUUACCAGGUUAUCACUUCCACCGUGGAUAUGGUUCGGGAUCAAACAGUUGGCUCAUACAAUUGGAGGGAGGAGGCUGGUGUGGAACUAUUGGAAAUUGUGCUUACGGUAAGAAAACACGUCAUGGUUCAUCCAUAUUUAUGGAAAAACAAAUACCAUUUAUUGGGAUAUUGAGCAACAAAGCUGCGGAAAACCCAGAUUUCUUCAAUUGGAAUCGAAUAAAAAUUCGUUAUUGUGAUGGUGCAUCAUUUAGUGGGGACAGUCAAAAUAAGGCAGCAGGGUUAUAUUUUAGAGGGCAACGUAUCUGGCAAGCUGCUAUGGAAGAUUUAAUGUCAAAAGGGAUGCGCUAUGCCAAACAGGCUCUUCUAUCUGGAUGUUCUGCAGGAGGUUUAGCUGCGAUACUACAUUGUGAUGAAUUUCGGGAAUUGUUUCCUAGAACCACAAGAGUAAAGUGCUUAAGUGAUGCUGGAUUAUUCCUUGAUGCUAUUGAUGUAUCCGGCCGUCGCAGUUUAAGGAAUAUGUUCAGCAGUGUGGUCACCUUACAGGGAGUGCAAAAGAACCUUCCAAGGAGUUGUACAAGUCGCCUCAACCCAAUUUUGUGCUUUUUCCCUCAGCACUCAAUUGCCAGUGUUAGGACACCACUGUUUCUUCUCAAUGCAGCUUAUGAUACUUGGCAGAUUCAAGCCAGCCUAGCUCCGCCAUCUGCUGACUAUCAUUGGAAUUGGAUUGAAUGCAGAAAGAAUUAUGCACGUUGCAGUGCACCACAGAUACAGUAUCUGCAAGGUUUUCGAAAUCAGAUGCUCGGAGUUGUAAGAGGUUUCUUAAGGUCUCGAAAAAACGGGUUAUUCAUAAAUUCAUGUUUUGCUCAUUGCCAAGCUGAAAGACAGGAUACAUGGUUUUCUCAGGAUUCUCCUCAUAUUGGAAAUAGAGGAAUCGCAGAGUCUGUUGGGAACUGGUUUUUUGACCGAGUUGGUGUCCAGGCUAUUGGUUGCCCUUACCCUUGUGACAAAACCUGCCAUAAUUUGGUUUUCAAGUGAUAGACCCGUGGAAGUAUCGUUAUUCUUUUCAUAAUUUUCAUCUGCUCUUAAGUAAGAUGGUUGUUUAACAUCUUAUAUUGCAAAUGUGUCGUUGGGAUCUCAAAAAGAAAAAGUCAUUGCCAGGAAAAGCAUGCUCUAAUAUUGGAAGUUUGGAACCAGUUUAUUGCCAUAAGUUAUACUAUUCAUUCAUGUAAACCAUUGACUGAGUUUAUUCAGUUUUCAUUGAAUCAAUUUUUUGCAAGUAGAUUCGGGU